AUGGCAGCCGACACUAAGCGCCAGAAUGCAGGGACUAGAGUGCCGGUUGCUUUGCCCAAGGGCGAGCCAUCUCAGCCCGCAGCGUCCUCGGUGUCGCAGGAUGUGAGUCUGCAGCAAGCUAUUGGAAGUCGAGUGCGUGUCACCACAGCCGCGCCGAUCCAGACCACCGUCGAGGGCACCGUUUACACAGCCGAUCCCCUGACUAACCUACUUGUCCUCAACACCAACGCCGCCGUAGGCACGUCUUUGACUUCCGCCUCUCUUCUUGCCCCUGCCGGCAUCUACCGAAUCAUUCCCAUCUCGCAAAUCAGCAGCUUUCAACUCCUCUCGCUUCCUCAGUCCUCGUCCGAGCCCGCCCCUAGUCCGGCCUUCAACGCGAUCGAUACCAAUGCCGUUCAAGCACGGCUUGCUAAAAACAUAGCCGUGCAGCAAGCGGCUCAAGCCCGCGUUGGUCCCAAGGGCACCAGCCCUGUCGAUCAGGCUCUUUUUGACUCGCUUUCAAGGACCCAUCCAGCUCGCUGGUCAGGGAAUGUCAUGAUAAUCUCUGAUACUUUCCUCAUCGAGAAACCAUAUGGCCAGUCAAAUGUUCGUCACAUUGAUGGUCAGAGCGUUGGGGAUCUGGAGCGGAUGAGGAAGGUGGUCGACAUGGAGCGGAACAAGAUCACACUGAGGCUCGCAAAAGGCUCGCUUGAUGGAAAAAUCGGGUCUGAUUCUUCCCUUGGCAAGGCUGCUGCGAAUACCGUGAUGAAGAAGGGUGGAUGA